AUGUCCCGUCAUAUGGAUGUCGGGAGCCAACUGGUUUGGCGUUGUGUGGUACUGGCUUUUCCUUUGGCACAAUUCGCCUGGUAUAAGAACUCGAAACUUCUUCGCGACGGCCAGGAUGGAAUCAAGAUCGAUGGAAACACCCUGAAGAUUGAGUCUUUAGUUGAUUCUCUGCACAGUGGCAUGUAUCAAUGUGUCGCGACGAAUAACCAUGGCAGUUCCUACUCGAGCGCCCAACUUCGGGUUUUGUCCUUCAAGCCGAUAUUUGCAAAAAAUCCAGUAACCGCUGAGCAAUUCGCCUGUUUAGGAGGUUCUAUUAUGCUCUUCUGUCAACCGGAAGCUGCACCGUUCCCAACAUUCAAUUGGACCAAAGAUGGCUACUUCAUCACACCGAAAACCAAUCCAAGGGCAACCAUAUUGCCAAAUGGUAAUCUCGUUUUGAAAGAUGUUAAAGCGGAAGAUGGCGGCAUUUACACGUGCAUCGCGAAAAAUUCGCAAGGGGAAGCGACAAGUUCGGGAAAAGUAAAGGUCGUGAGACACAGUUCCAUAAGCCAGAAGCCACGGAAUACAACAGUCUUGGUGAACGAAACAGCCUUUCUCUAUUGCCAUGGAUCUGUACCGAAAUCAAUGGAUCAUAUCUAUAAUUGCCAUACAUUCUUUCUAUUUUCUUUCUUUCUUACCUUCCCAUUAUUUUUCAUUCAUUUUUCUAUCUUACCAUUUUUCUUUCUUUCUGUUUCUAUUUUUAUCGUUUUUUCUUAUAUUCUUUUUUCUUUCUUUCAUAUCUUACUAUUUUUUGUCUUUCAUUCUUUUUAUUUUACUCAUUCUUUCUUUCUUUCUUUCUUUCUUUCUUUCUUUCAUACCUUCCCAUUUUCUUUCUUUCUUUCUUUCUUUCUUUCUUUCUUUCUUUCAUACCUUCCCAUUUUCUUUCUUUCGUUCUUUCUUUCUUUCUUUCUUAUCUUCCCAUUUUCUUUCUUUCUUUCUUUCUUUCUUUCUUUCUUUCCCAUUUUCUUUCUUUCUUUCUUUCGUUCGUUCUUUCUUUCAUACCUUCCCAUUUUCUUUUUUUCUUUCUUUCUUACCUUCCCAUUUUCUCUCUUUCUUUCUUUCUUUUUCUUUCUUUCUUUCUUUCUUUCUUUCUUUCUUUCUUUCUUUCUUACCUUCCCAUUUUCUUUCUUUCUUUCUUUUUUCUUUCUUUCUUUCUUUCUUUCUUUCUUUCUUUCUUUCUUACCUUCACAUUUUCUUUCUUUCUUUCUUUCUUUCUUUCUUUCUUUCUUUCUUUCUUACCUUCCCAUUUUCUUUCUUUCUUUCUUUCUUUCUUUCUUUCUUUCUUUCUUUCUUUCACCUUCCCAUUUUCUUUCUUUCUUUCUUUCUUUCUUUCUUUCUUUCUUUCUUUCUUUCCGUCCCAUUUUCUUUCUUUCUUUCUUUCUUUCUUUCUUUUAA